CAAAACAAUCCUAACCAAUAUAAAAUGUUCAUUGGCGCAACAUGAACUCCUUCAGAAGGACAGAAAUACAAAAAUACGAACGGAUCAUUAAGAGAGUCGAGACUCGGGAGGCUGUGGGCUGCAGCCGCGGCAGUAAGUGGUGCACAUCACGGUGUGUGUGCAGAUCUCCGGAGGGAACCGGACCGUCUAUUCGGGACUUCCACUGGAGAGCUCACUGCUGAGUCUUCUUCUCUUCAACGACUACGGCACUUUUUAACUUCCCAUCGAGUAUUUUCAUUCACUCUCCACAGACUUGGGAGGCUGCAGGCUCGGCAGCGGCGGCAGAAAGUGUUGGCCAUCCCGGCGUGUAUGAAGAUUUCUGAAAGGAACCGCAAUCAUCUACUUAGACUUCCGCUGGAUAGCUCAGUCGUCUACGGCACUUUUACCUUGUUUGGAUAUAUGUACUCAUCAUAGGUGACCUGGAACUGGUUGGAUGGGAAGAUAUAAGGGGAAUAAAUUGAAUGGGAGCAGAGAGAAAGAGGAUGAGUGAGAUAGCAAGCGACACCCAGGAGAUUCCUCAUACAGAAUGGAAGUCCUCAUCCCGCCACCUCACCAUUUGAAAGAAACAAAGGCAACAUAGCCGCAAGAAGGCUGUGUCAUCUGUGUGUUGCCCUCUUGUUUAUCUCCGUAAGAGUCAUGGUUUUUAAUCUGACCACAAAAAUAAAUCUUUAAUCCCUCCACCCCCCGCCGGCGUCUACUAUUGACAUCUAAAUCACAACAUCCCAUUGUCAUGGAGAAGACAUAUUCACUCACCGCCCACUAUGAUGAGUUCCAGGAAGUGAAAUACGGCGGACGCUAUAGUAGUGACAUCCUCAGUAAUGGCAUGACCCUUCAUUUGGGCGGCAGUCUGGACCGACAUAUGGGGCGUGGUCGAGGAGGGACCUUGCCCAAUGGUCGCCACAAAGACGCAAGCAACACAAGCAACGGCGGCGGUCUCCCUCGAUGGAGCCGGAGAGAGAUUUGCCUCCUUUCGGCUUUGGUCUUUGCAGCGGGCAUGUGUGUGAUUUUGGCAAGUAUGCUGGCACUAAAAUAUAUUUCCUUGGAGGCGCAGCAGGACCCACAGUGCAGGCAAGACUGCCAGCGAAGACGCUCACUGUUGCGGGCUGCACGCUUCGUCCAGGCCAAUAUUGACCCGACCAUCCAGCCCUGCCAGGACUUUUACUCCUUUGCCUGUGGAGGCUGGUUGAGGCGUCACGCCAUCCCAGAAGACAAACUCAGCUAUGGCAUCAUCACAGCUAUUGGGGAGCACAACGAAGAGAAGCUACAUCGUAUCCUGCUGGAGCCGAUUCGCAGGCGUGAGCCCAAUUCGGCAGAGCGCAAGGUCAAGGAAUUUUAUAGAUCUUGUGUCAACAUCCAAGAGAUUGACAAGCUGGGCUCUGACCCCAUGACAGAGGUAAUAGACAGCUGUGGUGGGUGGGAUCUGGUUGGGGCACCCCCUGGUGCUGCUGGCUGGGAGAAAGAGGGGGCCCCACAGAGGCCGGACUUCAAUGAGCUGCUGUAUAGGACUCAGGGGGUGUACAGCACUGCUGUCUUCUUCUCGCUCACAGUCAACGUGGAUGACAAAAACUCCUCUCGGAACGCCAUCAGGAUUGAUCAGGAGGGACUCACGCUGCCCGAGAGGAGCCUCUACUUGGGUGAGGAUGAGGACAGUGUGAAGAUCUUGGCGGCAUACAAGGCCCUGAUGGAGCGUUUGCUGAGCAUGCUGGGAGCUCACAACGCUACACAAAAGUCCAAGGAGAUUAUACAGUUGGAGACCCGUCUUGCCAAUAUCACUGUGUCAGAAUAUGAUGACCAAAGAAAGGACGUCAGCACGAUGUAUAACCGCAUUACACUCAGGCAACUGCAGCGCAUCGCUCCUGGUCUUCACUGGAAACGCCUGCUGGAUAGAAUUUUCCAUGACAACUUCUCUGAAGACGAAGAGAUCGUGGUGCUUGCGACUGAUUACAUCCAAAAAGUGUCUGACAUCAUCAAGACCACAUCGAAAAGGGUUCUCCAUAACUACAUGUUGUGGCGUAUUGUGGCAGCGCUAAGUGAGCAUCUGUCCACCGCCUUCAGAAGCACCAUUCAUGAGUUUUCUCGGGAAAUUGAUGGCACUGAGCAGCAGCUGGAACUUGGCAGACUGUGUCUCACACAGGCCAACAAACACUUUGGCAUGGCCCUGGGAGCUCUCUUUGUACAGGAGCACUUCUCCUCACAGAGCAAGGCAAAGGUGCAAGAGCUAGUGGAGGACAUAAAGCAUGCCCUGGACCUCCGGCUGCAGGAGCUUGACUGGAUGGAUGAAGUCACCAAGGAGGCAGCCAGAGCAAAGCUCAAGUACAUGAUGGUCAUGACAGGAUACCCGGACUUCCUGCUCAAACCUGAGCUCAUAGAUCGAGAAUACGAGUUCGACGUGGAUGAGAAAACCUACUUCAAGAACAUCCUUAACAGCAUUAAAUUCAACAUUAAGCUCUCAGUCAAAAAGAUUCACGAAGAAGUGGACAAGACAGCGUGGCUUCUCCCCCCACAGGCCCUAAAUGCGUACUACCUUCCUAACAAGAACCAAAUGGUUUUCCCAGCCGGCAUCCUUCAGCCUACCUUGUACAACCCUGAGUUCCCACAAUCUUUGAAUUAUGGCGGAAUAGGAGCAAUCAUUGGCCAUGAACUGACCCAUGGAUAUGAUGACUGGGGAGGCCAGUAUGAUCGCCACGGCAACCUCAAACAAUGGUGGACCGAGGACAGUUACAGAAAGUUCCAGAAGAAGGCCGAAUGCAUUGUUAAGCUUUACAACAAUUUCACCGUUUACAAUCAGAGGGUGAAUGGUCGUCUGACACUCGGGGAGAACAUAGCAGACAUGGGCGGACUCAAGCUAUCAUACUACGCAUAUCAGAAGUGGGUGAGGGAACACGGCCCUGAGAGGCCCCUCCCAGGCCUCAAAUACACACAUGAACAGCUCUUCUUCAUCGCCUUUGCACAGAACUGGUGUAUGAAGAGAAGAUCUCAGUCGAUCUACUUGCAGUUGUUAACUGAUAAACACGCACCAGAACACUACAGAGUGAUUGGCAGCGUUUCCCAAUUCAACGAGUUUGCCCGUGUUUACCACUGUGGGAAAGGUUCCCCCAUGAACCCUGAUGAAAAAUGUUCUGUAUGGUAACAUCACUCCGGAUGCUGAAUCUGCUGAAGUCUGUCCUACAACUCACUUUCAUAAAUCGUAAAUCAUACUCAUCCUUUCACCUUUUGAAAUAAAAUGUAAGACAAUAGAGACGUUCAUCCAUACAAAGCAUUGUCGACUAACCAGGUCCAUGACACAUAUGAUCAACUAUAUAUAUUUUUCUAUGUUUAAAUUUAUUUUCAAAUCAUCUAUUUUUGUAUUACAGCAAAUAUAUGAGGUUAUUUGAUUCAUGAGCUAUUUGGAUUUUUUUUUUACAUAGUAAGUUCCAAUGACUAACCAAUUUUUUUUCAAUAGUUGAUCAACCAGGAAAUUCCAAGUUAACCAGAAGAAGUAGAAGGUCCGACAGCAGCUGACAUUUCAGUCAGUUUGAGGUUUUAAAACAAAGAAAUGGUAGCAUUGAUUUUUGUAAAAACGUUGCCUCUGUCUCGGUAUUGUGAUUAGGGCUGUUGUAUUGUUUGCCUGCAUUGUUCUCUCCGUAUUGUAUUUGUACUUUUUUAAAAGCCGUCAAGUACGGGUUUUGUGUUUUGGUUUUUUGGUGAAAGGCUCAUGGAUGGUUUUUCCCUCAGGAAGUUCGGUGCCAGAAGAAGGAUACCUUCUUUAUGUGGCCUCGUCACGUGACAGCUAAAGAAAAAAAUACAAGGUAUAUUGGUAAAGGAACCUCAAGAUACGCUUUCAUACAUUUCACAGUCAAUUCCCCAAAUACAGUGGAAGCCGUUUAUGUCGACUAACCCGGGACUAACUGACAACUUAAGCGGUUGUUGACAUAACAAAGUGAAACUAACCCUUGCUUGCACAUUUAGAGACAUGAGGAGAAUGGAUGAUAAUAAAGGUUUUUCCGUUAUUUUGUAUAUUUAUUUUGAUUUGUGUGUUUUCAUAUGAUAUUUUAUACUCCAAUCUGCUGUGGUAACUUUGUUGUAUGCCUUGAUGACUCCAAUGACAAUAAAGCUUUCAUACAUGCGCAAACAAGUAGUAAUACUUUUUGAUUGGAGACCACUACCAGUUACUGUUUACUAAUAACAAUUAUAUUUUGCCAGUUUUUUUAAAAUCCAAUACUUAUAACAUUUACUUUUUGGCCUCUUUUUUAUUCCAGACACAACAAUGGUCAUUUCUGCGAGGUAAAAUCGCUUAUUUAUGAAUUAUAUAUUUUUGUAGUUAGAGCAUGGAACACCAGUUUACGAACUUUUCAAUAUGGCUUUUAACAUGAGAGCCCUCAAGACAUGAAACAACACCCAUAUAGUCUUUACACUCACAUUAUGCAAUGUAGUAGACAUAAUAAUUGAAAAUAUGAUAUAUUUUUUAUGUCGAUUUUUCAUUUUUGGCUUUGGUUUUUAUCUAUAUAGAAUUGUCGACUUAAGCGAAUUCCACUGUAAGAAAAUACUCAAGUAUAUAUACUAAAGCGAGUGUGGGUGGAGAGAAAUUUGUGCAUUUGUACGGUGUUAUUUUUCAAACGUGAUUUUGUAUGUGAAUGAGAUUUUGAUGAGACAGCAUGUUCCCUUCAAUCGACCCAAAGUUCUAACAACUGCUACAUAAAACCCGACUGUACAGCUGCUAGCUCACGUGUGGCCGCUAUUGUUUUACUAUCUGUGGUCGCCGUUCAGUGUUUGAAUAAAUACAAACAAAUCCCUGUGUGGGUGGGGGUCAUUAUCAGUGUGUUAGCAGGGUGUGUGCUGACUGUCUUGAUCCCCCGCAAUGAUCCAUCUCUGUAUCACGUACACCUAAACCUGAUGGUGGAUCUCUAUCAGGCACUA